AUGGAUGCCCAUAUUCCUACUGAUGGUUCCGGUGCUGCUGCUGCUGGUGUUGCCUCGGGUUCAAACCCGCCCCUUGUUGUUGCCUCGGGUCUUCGCCCACCCAUUGCCGCUGUUUCUGCAACAGCUUCUAUGCAAGGGCUCGGUUCAGCCGUGGCCAAGCCAACCCCACAUCCCACAUCCUCAAAGAUGAUUGCCCCGUUGUCUCUGAGUGGCUUGGCCGACCCGCUGUACAAUGUGUAUUGCACAACGUAUGCUACUUCCAAGCAAUUGUGGGAGACCUUGGAGAAGAAAUAUAAGCUUGAAGAUGCUGGCACCAAGAAAUUUCUAGUAGGUAAGUUCCUGGAUUACAAGAUAGUUGAUACCAAAUUGGUGGUCAACCAGAUGGAGGAACUACAAAUCAUCAUUAGUGAUUUGCAUAGCGAGGGAUUGGUCAUCAAUGAGCCAUUCCAAGUUGCUGCUGUGAUUGAGAAGCUGCCACCUUCAUGGAAGGAUUUCAAAAACUAUCUCAAGCACAAGCGCAAGGAGUUGUCUAUGGAAGAUCUGGCUCUUCGUCUUCGUAUUGAAGAAGACAAUCGCAAAAGAGAUAAAGUCUCAGACAGAUUUGAAGCUAAGGCUCACUUAGCUGAGGCUCUCAAAUCUCAGCCUAAGAAGCAGCAAGGCAAGAGAGUAAGCGGAUCGCUGGGUCCGAAGAAGUCUACUACCAACAAACGCAUUCAAGGCACCUGUUGGGUGUGCGGUAAGACAGGCCAUAGGGCUAUGGAUUGCAGACACAAGAAGAGUCAAAGCUCUGGUAGCAACCAGCGCAAGUCUAAGCCUUCUUAUGCCAAUAUGGUGGAAGAUGAUGAGAUCGUUGCAGUCAUCACUGAAGUUUGCAUGGUUGAUAAUGCCAAAGGCUAG